UGUUAAGCCCUGUUGCCGCAGCAACUUUCACGAUUUUUUAAAAUGUUAUAAAUUCUCCUAUAUCUCUUAUAAUACUCCAUAUUGAUUAACAGAUUUUGCUCCUUGUUUUACCUAAUGUCACAUUAAAUAGGUUGACGAUGCCAAUGAUGGAUUCAAGACCUGAAGAAGUCGGGCACAUCUUGGUAAAGGUGCAAGAGGACUUGAAUCAACUACGGGACAAGCUGCUUCAUCAGAAAGGUAGCAGCAUAGACUUAACAGCCUUGCAGAAUGCUAUUGAGAAGACACAAGAUGGGAUUCGGGAUCGGACUGAGUUGGUUGUAAACCAAAUGAACAACCAGAUCCUGACGCUCCCAUCUUUGGACUCAACAGGCCCUCUACAACAGCAGAAUGAUAACAUGGCUAUUGAGACCACAUGGGACCUGAGGACUGACACAAGAGGGGACCUUGGUGUCAGAAGGACCAACAGGAUAGGACUUCUAGAAUCAAGGGAUAUGUCCAUCAGGCCAAACCAAGUUGGUUUGCAUAAGAAUUCUGGAAAGAAAGUCAGCUCCAAGUCUGGUCAAAUGGCAGGUGUGACACCAGGACAACAUACUCAGCAGAACUUUCAGCAUAAAAUCGUAAAGAACCCAUAUAAUGCACAAAAUCGCACCCUACUACAGGACAGCUAUGAUAUACAGCUGCCUCUUAUUCCUGACAAGUCAGCCAAUAGACAGGCUCAGAUUAAAGUAAUCACUGGCUCCAAUGUUGAGCCUCUAGCUAGACUUCCAGCAGCCAAUAGGAAGGAUGCUUCACUUGUGCCACCACCAAUCUCAGAGGAUGAUGCCAAGAAAGGCAUAUUGAGUCUCAUAGAGCGUGGAUUGAUCCCUCCAGCUGCAGAAUUGACCUUGGAGCCACCUCCUGUUCGUCACAACCUAGCUCAGCUCCAUGACCCCAGUGUAAGAGAUGAGCGGGGAAAACCUCCUCCUUUGGCUAUCACAGAUGGCCACUUCAAUACAACAGGCGUGAUCCUAGACUCUAACCUGCCCCCUGAUACUCGACAAAAUAUGUCGCAACAGAGCCCUGUGGGGUCUACCCCUAGUCUCAUCACUCCCACCAAGAUGGCAUCCCCCAAAGGCAAGAGAGAAAAACGUAAAACGACAAGCGCAGGUAGUGGGAAAACUGGAAAGAAAGCUCCUCAUCCUUCACUGAAAACAUACGAGAUGCCUUUUAAUUUACAACCCCUUCCGCCUCCCACAACUCCUGCAAGUGGUGAGUUCAAAAGUUCUAGUCACAGAUUUGCAAUACAACAUGGGAAGACACGAGACCAGUCACAUGAAUACCAGGCCUUCAAACAGCACUAUUGUCUGUCAUGGGGCGGAAUUGUUUCCAUGUUGAAACACCUUGAAAAACUUAUGACAAACUACGCAGUGCCAAUUGCCUUCAUUAAUGGUGACAGGUUAGCUGACUUAUCUCUUGAGUUUGAAUUGGAGCACAAUCCCACAGUGGAUGACCUGCUCACUGUGGUUGUCAACAGAGAAGAUGUAGAGGCUGUCAUAAAGCGACCUGGGCGCCGGUUUAUGGGUCCAAAUGGAGACCACAUAGCAGCCACGAAGGUUCAAUCAUUGUAUAGAAUGUACAGGGAUCGUAAGGAUUACCUGUCAUACAGACAGCGCAAGUGGGCAGCUGGAGUUAUCGUAAUCUCUUGGAUUAUGUCUGUGAAAAUGUCAAAGAUCAAGAAUGGGCUGAAACAGACAAGAAUGGACCAAUUGGAAGGAUUUAGGAGAAGAUCUAAGACAUUUGCACAACAGUGGGAUCGAAUCAAGCACUCAAGACGUGUUAUUAUUCAUCUGCCUUCUUUGGGCUACUCACAAAAGAUACGAGACACAAUCCAGCAUUUUCCCAUUAGGCAGAAUACACAGAUGGCUAGGCUUUGUGACAUCAAAGAUCCAAAUGUUGAUGUCAUCUACAUUUCACCACUCCCUGUGAGUGAGGAGAAGCUCCAAUAUUAUUCCAAACUCCUUGGCUUAAGAGCAGCCAUUGACACAGGGAAUGUGGAAGAUCAGGGAGAUGUGUCCUCUAAAUACAAGAUCAUUGUUCCUGAUGGUGUUACAAGUUUUCCAAAAAAGUUUUAUAGAGCUCAUCGCAUGUGCCUUGGUUCGCACCUUUGGUAUAGCCCUCAAACAUUACGACGUCUCAAAAACUUGAUCAGGGGACGAGACGCUUACAUUGUCCCUGGUGUUCCACAUAAGGAUGAUGUUGCUGUGGCCGACUAUCUGGGGGUACCCAUGCUCUCCCCCGAGCCAGAUAUUGCACAGUUAUACUCCACAAAAUCUGGAUGUAAGAGAAUAUUUGCCAGUGCAGGAGUCAAAGCGCCACCUGGAGAGUAUGAUGUAUAUUCUCUACCACAGCUCAAUGAAUGCCUUGCCCAGUUAGUAACAGAACACUUGGAAGUCAAACGGUGGCUGUUCAAGUUAGAUGAUGAAUUUGAUGGACGUGGUAUUGCUUAUUGUGACAUCGCAGAUCAUCUUCCCAGUUAUGCCUGGGCAUGUAAAGAAGCGGCAAGAUAUGGCGAUAAAUGGUCGAAAAAGUGGGCCCAGGAGGCUGCUGGGAUAAAGAUCCAUUCAGAAAUCGCUGAAGUCGUAAAGAAUCAUUCAACUCCGUGCAAUAAAACAUUAUACCCAACAUGGGAGAAAUAUCUAGAGGCUUUUCUUAGUUUGGGUGGUGUCAUUGAAGCUUGUCCACCAUCAGAAAGUGUCACCGCACUAACCGUUGACAUGCUCAUUGAGCCCAAUGGUAAAAUCAGCAUAAUCAACUGUGGAGAUCAGAUUCAUGCUGAGUCACCAUUCAACUGCUGGGGAUUAAGUGUCCCACAAUCCUCAGUGGAGCCAGACAUCGUCAACGAGGCUUGUCUAAGGAUUGCUGAUGCGUGUAAAACAAGAGGCGUGAUUGGCUAUUUUUCCAUUGACUUUGUUACCUUUAUAGAUGGAAAAACAAUGGACCAACUUCUCUGGGCUGUAGAUCUGAAUUUAUCCUAUGGAGACAGCACGGCAAUGUCUCAGUUGAUGGACUUCACAACAAAUGGACAUUUUGACUCAACCAAUCACAUUUAUGAGAUUAACCGACCAAAGAAGGAAGAAAAGAAACGAAAGCGACGAUGGAGACCAGAAGAGGAGGAGGAACCGCAGAAUACACGCUUUGCCGUGAUGAGUACCCGUCUGCUACAUACGAAUCUUGCUGUAGUCCACUACAGUGUCUUCUUCCAGAUGUGCAGAGCACAUGGCAUAGGCUAUGAUAUUAAAGAGAAACAAGGGACUCUUUUUACCCUCAUUGACAGCUUUAACAGGGAUAACAUGGGCAUGAUUACAUUAGGAGACAAUCUCCAGGGAACUCUAGCCACAUUUGCGCGCAAUCUCUCUGUUAUACACCAGGAAAUCUCCGCUCCAAAUAUGCAAGGAGAAACUAACUUUAAGUAUGUGAUUGAAGACAUUGAAGGAAUCUUGGGUACAACCAUACAAAACGAUGAAGCAUUAACCAACAAAGAUGAUGCGGAGAAUGAUAGUAAUAUCGAUGGCUCUACAAAAUAAAAAUUUCCAGUAAAAUGAGAUGAAUAUAAUGAAGAAGCCUAAAUCAUGUGUAUUAGAAAUACUAGAGGCUUGUAUAAGAAGUCAGAUCUUAUAAAUGUCAUAUUUAUGAAAUAUUUAUGUAAAAAAUGAAAGACCAGUCCAGUGAAUCACACCAUCUAUUGGUUGUGAAGUCACUCUUACAUAUUCUGAGGCAAAAAAGAUUAAAUUAUCAUUCAUUUUUGAAUUUUUUUGUAAAUUUUAUGAUGGAAAAUUGCUACUGCAAAGCAUGACAUCAUAAAUUCAAUAUU